GCAAAUAGAGACAGCAAGGACACAGCAGCCCUAAGAUCGAGGGUUGAUGGAAUUGGAGGGGAAUUGGAGAGAGGAAGUUGUUUACGGGCGGGCAGUUGGAUUGAUUUUCCCUCCUCUCACUUCACCACCAAAUUCAUCAUGGACCCCCAAAAACAGCUCCAGGCACUUUCAGAAGAGUUCCAAGGACUCCAGAACGAGCUCGAGGGUCUGGUAGACGCUCGCCAGAAGCUUGAAUCGCAGCAGCAAGAGAACGAGGGCGUGCAAACCGAGUUUGCCGGUCUGGAUGAGGAAUCCAAAAUCUACAAGCUUGUCGGCCCUGUGUUGCUGCAGCAAGACAAGAGCGAGGCCACCAUGGCCGUGAACGGUCGACUCGAGUUCAUUGAGAAGGAAAUCAAGCGAAUUGAAAGCGAGAUCGAUGCGACACAGACGAAGAGCGAGACCAAGCGCACAGAGAUUAUUCAGUUGCAAAGUCAGGCCCAGCAACAAGCUGCCGCCGCCGGGGCCUCCGCAUGA